AUGAACCGCAACAGCCGCGGCAGCACGGAGGCUGAGGGUCCUUACCUAUACAGGGAACAGCAGCAAGUAUACAGCAGCAACAGCAGCAGCAGCAGCAGCGGCGGCGGGCUCCCUCACGGGGCCCUGCCGCUGCAUCGCCGGAUGCCUCGCCCUGCCUUUCAGCAGCAUCAGGAGCAGCAAGACGAGCUGCUGCAGCAGCAGCAGCAGCAGCACCUCUAUGGAGGGGUCUUUGCCAGCAAACGCAGCAGCAGAGGCGCUGACGCAGACCCUUUUCUACAGGGAGAAGCAGCAGCAGCAGCAGCAGCAGCAGCAGCAGAGAUAGCGACACCUGCAAAUGUCACUACAGCAACAAACAUCUCUGAAGACGAAGGCUCAGAUCUUUCCGAUGCUGUCGGCGGCCUUCUUUGUCAUGAGCAGCAGCAGCAGCAGCACGAUUUGCUGCAGCAGCAGCACCACCGAGACGUGGCCUCCCCUGGGACUCACUCGGCCUCAGUCUCUCGCUUGAUACAUCGCCAAAGCCGGUGGCGCCCGAGUUGGCUGCCUUUGGCCGGCUGUCAAGACACUGUGUCGGGGCGGGCCUCUGCUGCGCUGCAGCAGCGCAGCGAAAUGCCUCGGAUUGCUGCGAGAAGAGAAGAAGUCGAUGUCGAUGAUCUGGUGGCUUUACUGCAGCGUCAGCUGCUGGGGGGUUUGUUUAGGCGGAAGAAGACAGCAGCAGGUGUUGCUGCUGCUGUGCUGCUGCUGCUCGCUGCUGCUGCUGCUGCGCUGUUGCUGCUCGCAGCAGCGGGCCUCGUCUUCCACUCCGAAGAGCAGCCCCAGCCGCCAGCCUCAGCCGCAUCUAACACCGCAGCGCCAGCGCCCGAGCCCUCCCCUGAGCUUGCUGCGCUGAGGCGAGAGUUGGCAGCGCAGCGCGUUGCAAUGCAGCAGCAGCAGCAGCAGCAUGUGCAGCAGCAGCAGCUUUUGCAGCAGCAGCUUGAACAGCUGCUGCAGCAGCAGCAACAGCAGCAGCUGCUGCAGCACAAAGGGAGGCCCUGGCUGAAGAAAUGGCAGAAGCAAAGGUGCGGGGUAUACCAGCAGCAGAGGCAGCAGCAGCAGCAGCAGCAGGAGCGCUCCCAGCCACUGCCCCCUGGGCUGCGUCAGAAAAUAGAGGAAGUGCAUGCGAAAUUGUCUGUGGAAGACGAAGCAGAAGUGGACUGGGCUUUGGAGUCUGUGGGCGCGCGAAUUUCACACAAUGAAACAUCUCCUCCCUUGAUACCUCCAGGAAGCGUGCUGGGGGGCCUGCAGCAGCAGCUGUUGCAGCUGCUGGGGCUGCCGCAGCAGCAAACUGCAGCAGCGCUGCUGCACAGACCCCCCGAAAUGGUCUUGAGGCCUGAGCGGCUGCCAGGAAACUGCUACGCCUUCAAGGGCCCCACAGGCCGCAUUGCCAUCCUUUUGCCCACAGCAGUGUACGUACAGUCCGUCGCCGUAGACGACAUGAUGUCAGUGCUCACGAGGGACACAGCCCCAAAGCGGAUGCGAGUGUGGGGUUAUUCUGACUCGAGGUUGUAUGCGCCGCCUCACUCUCCCAUCAUCAUCAGCAGCAGCAGCAGCAGCAGCAGCAGCAGCGCCAGCAGCAGCAGCGGCGGGAAGAGCUCGCUGAAGAUGCUGCCUGCAGACAGCAGCAGCAGUGCAGCCACCUGGCUGCUGUCGAUGCUCUCAAGGCAGCCCAGUAACACAGCAGCAGCAGCAGCAGCGGGGGCGCCGCUGCUGCUGGGGGAGUUCGUGCUGCAGCAAGGCAGCAAGAGCUGCCGCUUUCAAGUGCAGCAGCAGCAGCAACCCAUCAAAAAGAUUGUUUUUGAGUUUUUAGAAAACUUCGGCAACAGCAAGUACACUUGCGUGUACAGGCUGAGGGUGCACGGCAGCAAAGCCGUGCUGCUUACCAGCAGCAGAAGCAGCAGCAGCAGGAGCUGA